AUGUGCUGUACUAAAAUGACUUUUGUUAUGAUUGUGUUAUCGAAGCAAUCUAUUGUGCAGUCACUAGUGGGUUAUUUGGAACCCUCAUUAGUGGCUAAAAUAUGCAUAGGAGGGAAUUAUGUACGGGAUGGUUUAAGAGGAAGGCAGAGAAAAAGGAGAGGUUGUGUCAGUUGUGUGUGUAUAUGAAAUAGUAUACAACAGUAUAGCCUCUCUUAAUGGACAUUCUUUAUAGUGGACACCUUCAUUCAACUGACAGUGUACCAAUUACAUUCCUUACUGUAUGCCUCCACAUAAAGGUGUGUCAUGCUGAAUUAAAUGCUAUCCUUAAUAAGAACUCAGCUGAUGUUAAAGGAUGUACUAUAUAUGUUGCAUUGUUCCCUUGUAAUGAGUGUGCUAAGCUGAUCAUACAGUCUGGUAUCACUGAGAUAUUAAACGUCAGUGAUAAACAUCAUGAUACUGAUCACAUGAUUGCUAGCAGGAAACUACUGGACAUGGCUAAAGUUAAAUACAGUCAAUUUAUUCCUUCAAUAAAGACACUAACAAUUGAUUUCUCAUCUAUUGAUGAUUGUGUGUAUAAUCACUGGACACAAUAAAGGACUAAUGCAGUACCAAACACUUUUUGUGUAAGUAAAACUGAUUAAAAUUGACCUUGACGCUAAUGUGUAUUAAUUUGUUGUUUU